AUGUCUGCAGAAGAGAAGUUAACGGACGUUGAUGUCCAAACUAGUAAAGGUUCAUCGUACGAUGACUUAAAGAAAGAAGGUGUACCACCACAAGAUGAGAAUGGAGCUGCUGAUGUUCCUGAGAUAAAACACUAUACACCGAGUGAAAUAGAAAGCAGUGGAAAGAUAUAUGACAAAAGGUUCAUACCUAAAGUUCCAGCCUACUCAAAUGCGAUGAUCCAAAUUGUGAUGCUUGCUUUCGUCGUUUUCAUGACACCUGGUAUGUAUAACGCUUUGACUGGUAUUGGUGCAUCGAUCAGUGGUCCUGAUGGUGUUAAAACCCAAGAUAACGCUACAGUCGCAUUAUACUGUACCUUUGCAGGUCUUGGUUUCUUCGCUGGUACCUUUUGUAAUUUGAUUGGUGCUAGAUAUUGUUUAAUGUUUGGUGGAACUGGUUAUCUCCUUUAUGCUGGUUCGCUUUUAAGCUACAAUCAUAAUCAGAAUGCUGGUUUUGUUAUAUUUGCAGGUGCCUACCUCGGUAUUUGUGCAUCAUGUCUUUGGGCAGCACAGGGUUCAAUAAUUAUGUCUUACCCAACAGAGAACAAAAAGGGAACUGGAAUUAUGGUCUUUUGGGUUAUCUUCAAUUUAGGUGGUGUCAUUGGUUCGCUUAUCCCCUUAGCUAACAACUUACAUUCGGAUCUGAGUACCGUAAAGGAUGGUACUUAUAUUGCCUUUAUUGUUUUAAUGGGUUGCGGUAGUGUUAUAGCUUUUUUCAUGUUACCAGUAGAUAAAGUAUGGAAAGAUGAUGGAACAAGAGUUGUUGACAAGAAGCUUCCUGACUGGAAAUCUGAAAUUUUUGGAUCCUUCAAGUUAUUGAUCAAGGAGCCAAAGAUUUUGUUAAUAUUUCCUAUGUUUUUUGCUUCUAAUUGGUUUUACACCUAUCAAUUUAAUGAAUUCAACGCAGGUCGUUUUAAUAUUAGAACAAGAUCAUUGAACUCCUUGCUUUAUUGGCUUUUCCAAAUGAUUGGUGCAGUUGUUAUUGGUACAAUUUUAGAUUUGAAAUAUUUUAGAAGAAGCGUACGUGCAAGGAUUGGCUGGGUAUUUUUAUUCGUCAUCUCCUUUGCUGUGUGGGGUGGUGGUUACAAGUUUCAAAAAGGCUUUGACAGAGCAGAUGUGACUGCGGAUGCAAAUGGAAACACAAAAUUUGCCCCAAUGGACUUCAAAGAUGGUGACUACAUUGGACCAAUGUUCCUUUACAUUUUCUACGGAAUCUUCGAUGCUAUGUUUCAAAGUUACUGCUUGUGGCUCAUGGGUGCCCUUUCAAACAGUAGUAAGAAGACCGCUUAUUAUGCAGGAUUUUACAAAGGUAUACAAUCUGCAGGUGCUGCUAUUGCUUGGAGACUUGAUGCAUACGGUACAGCUUAUAUGAGUAUGUUUGCCAGUUCUUGGGCGUUAGUGGCAGGCUCAAUGGUCAUUGGAAUUCCUCUUAUUUUCUUCAUGGUAAGUGAUCAUACUGAUGAGGUACCUGAGAAUCCUUUGGAGGAAGAAGAGUUCAGUCCUGUGGUCGCUCUCGCUUCGGGAGAAGGAAGAAUUGUUUAA